GUGACGUCAGGUGACAGAAUGGCGGCCAUGGCGCUGAUCGGGAGAAGCUCCUGCGCUGUAGCUCGUCUGUCCUGUAAUAACGUUUUAUUCUCAUCUAGAUGUUUUGAAGCGUCUCACGUCUGUGCGAGUCGACUGAGCAACACAGCCAGCACGUCACAGACGCUACAGGACAGAAAGAAAGAAAUGAAAGAAGAUGGACUGAAACUGCAGGACUUUAUAUCAGGAGAUUUGUCAGAAAAGAGCAACUGGGAGGAGUACAGGGGCAACCUGAAGCGCCUAAAAGGGGAGCGGCUCAGGUUACCGCCGUGGCUCAAGACCGAGAUUCCUAUCGGGAAAAACUACAACAAACUGAAGAACACGCUCAGAGACCUGAAGCUACACACUGUGUGUGAGGAGGCCAGAUGUCCGAACAUUGGUGAGUGUUGGGGAGGCGGAGAGUACGCUACUGCAACAGCAACCAUCAUGUUAAUGGGAGACACAUGUACACGUGGCUGCAGGUUUUGUUCAGUAAAGACGGCGAGAAAUCCGCCUCCUCUCGACCCGGAUGAGCCGUACAACACCGCUAAAGCUAUUGCUGCGUGGGGGCUGGACUACGUAGUGCUCACGUCGGUGGACAGAGACGACCUCGCGGAUGGAGGCGCAGAACACUUUGCGAAGACCGUGUCCCAUCUCAAGGAGAGGAACCCCGACAUCCUGGUGGAGUGCUUGACUCCUGAUUUUCGUGGCGAUCUCUCGGCAGUGGAGAAAGUCGCUCUGUCUGGUCUGGACGUUUACGCUCACAACAUAGAGACAGUCAGAGAACUGCAGAGGCAUGUGCGUGACCCUCGUGCGAACUUUGACCAGUCGCUUGCUGUGCUGCGCCACGCUAAAAGCGUCAAACCGAGCAUCCUCACCAAAUCCUCGAUUAUGCUCGGACUGGGUGAAACAGAUGCGCAGAUACACACUACACUAAAAGCGUUGAGGGACUCGGGUGUGGACUGUUUGACCCUUGGCCAGUACAUGCAGCCGACGAAACGAAAUCUGAAGGUAGAGGAGUACGUCACCCCGGACAAGUUUGCUCACUGGGAGAAGGUGGGACAGGAUAUGGGGUUUGUUUACACAGCCAGCGGUCCCCUAGUGCGCUCCUCUUAUAAAGCAGGUGAGUUCUUCCUCAAGAACCUGCUGAAAAACAGAAAGACGGAAGGAAGCAUGGAAUAAAGACCCACAUCGUGGACCUGAACUCUUUCUGUCUUGCGUUUCCUCAUGCAAUAAAUUAUGGAAGCGAAAGCAUGGCUUUGUAAAUCCACGUUGUCCGUUUAGUUUCCAGUCGAGUUAGUGAGAUGAAUUGUGGGUAAAGACAUCACCUGGUAUGAAAGACAUCUGUACACGUGUGAGAUUUAUGAUGGAGAAAGAGAAAUCAAAUGAAAUAAGGACCGUUACAGUGCAAUAAAUUGAUUUUAAAUGAU